AUGAUGCAUCGCACCGUGCGACGUCGCCUCUUGUCACGAGGUAUCUGGCCCUCUUUGCUCAAUGCUGCAGUCCACAUUGCGUGGAAACUGCAGCUCUUCAGCAUCGCUCUACUGCACCUGCUCUUCUCCAGUGACAAACAGUGGCUGUUGCAGACCCCAUCCGCCAUCCCAGCAGCAGUACCACCACUAACUAUUGUACCGGUUGAUGCAGCAGUCGAUCAUCAAGUCGCUGUUGUGACAAAGUACAGGCGAAUCGUAUUUGUCCGUCACGCAGAGUCCGAGUGGAACGUUGUCUUUAACUCUGGCUUCAAUCUGCGGGCGCUCAUCCGUCUCUUUCGCGCAGUACUGCGCGAGUGGCUGCUGCUACCCACCGGCGACUCGGUGUUCCUGGACUCACCGCUGAGUCGACGUGGUCGCUUUCAGGCACAGCAGUUGCAGGAGUACGCGGGAGGGAUAUCACUGGAAGGAAGCCGGCAUGGCGAUCAAACGGUAGCAAUAACAGUAGCAGGAGGGACAAUAGACGGACUUUGUGACUCGCCGCUUCAGACUGAAGAGAGCGCGUGGCUGCGCUACUUGUGCUGUCCCUUGCCUGGUAGCGUUGUGGUCACGUCGAAUCUAAGGCGCACCAUUGACACGGCGCGCAUUGCAUCAGCAGCGAGACUGGAGGUGCCUGGCGAGAGGAUUCACGUGCUGUCGUGCCUGCAGGAGAUUGGCCGCAACUUGGAUACGCUAGCUAUCAGUCAGCCGCAUGCGGUCCAACCGUGUGAGGUACUUGUGAAGGCACCACGUGGGGAGAAGCGUCACGACGAGUUGUUCAAUGUGGCUGAGAGUCACGGGAACAAGGCGGUGCUGGGCAGUGGACGUGACCGUCUACUGAUGUUUGCGCAGUGGCUCUUCAAGCAGCAAAAAGACGUGGCUAUCGUGUAUGGACACUCACUGUGGUUUCGUGCUUUCUGUCGGGAGUUCUUCCCUCAUCACGUGUACCAUAAAGCCAAGUCGGCCAAGAUGUGCAAUUGUGGCGUGGUAACCUUUGUAUUGCAAGAGCACAGCAGAGGUGGAGGCGAGACCCCUCAGUACAGUAUCCAACCCGAGAGCUUCCAACACCUUGUUUGA